GAAUCAACAAAAAAAAUGCAGUAGCUGUCAUUUGGGAUUUGUUUUUAUUUUCCCCAAACAAGAAAAUUUGAAUUUUCUUCAUAGAAGAAAAGGCAGAAUAGCCAAUGUCCAAUCACUAUGAAGUCCCAAAGUGGGCAGGGAAGCCUCCCACUGGUUUCCAUUUAGACGUCCUGAAGGAGGACAAGCUCAUCCAGAAGUUGAUGAUUGACGAGAAGAAGUGCUACCUGUUUGGACGGAAUUCCCAGUUAAAUGACUUCUGCAUUGAUCAUCAAUCCUGUUCGCGUGUUCAUGCUGCCUACGUCUAUCACAAACACCUGCACAUCUCCUACCUUGUAGAUCUGGGCAGCACCCAUGGAACCUUCAUUGGUAACAUUCGCCUGGAGGCGCACAAACCGACGCAGUUGCACAUGAACUCCCAGUUUCACUUUGGCGCUUCCACCAGAUCCUACAUACUCAGGGAGAGACCAACAACAGGUGUUCGGCCCAAUAUCAUGGAAGAUAUUCCCAUGUCGGAUGUCCCUGAAGGAGCCCUCCUUCCGGAAAGUCAGAGUGAGCUUGAUAAUCUAACAGAGUACAAUACAGCAACAAAUAGAAGGAUUUCAAUGCUGGGAAUUGCCGAUGACACAACAUACAAAAGCCAAAAUCUGGACAAGGAUAAGGCCAAUCGGAAGAGAUUGCGGAAGAGUGUGACAUUCAAUGAUGAUGAAAUUGUUAUCAAUCCGGAGGACAUUGAUCCAACAAUUGGACGUUUCAGAAAUCUUAUUCAGACUACGGUUGUGCCUACGAAGAAGGCCAAGAUGGACAUUGGGAUACCCACGAGUGCCUCCAGUAGCACCAAUGAAUCCACUAAGCAUCUCCAUCCGACCAAUAUGGUGCCCCAUCUCUACCAUGGGUUGCCGCCAACGGCCGAUGAGGGCAAAUUUUCAAUGGAUGUCGAUGAGGGAUCUGCUCCAUUGAGUCUGGGCUCAAAGUUGGGACUCUUGCUGCCAAAUCCAGCGCCUGAUGUCCUUCCGACAAAUGUAGCAGAGGCACCCGAAGUUAUGCCACCGCCACAGUCGGCGUCCAGUCGACUGGAAGAGCCAGAAACUCAUACUGGGGACGAGCCGAAAAAGAAGAAGUACGCCAAGGAAGCAUGGCCAGGCCGAAAACCUCUCAUGAGUGGGCUGUAAAUGGCAUCAUUUAGGUACUUAACCAUAAGCAGGACUUCGAAAAUAACUGGAUUUUGUCUGUGUGGAAUCUAAUGCAACAAAAGGCGGCAAUGCGGACAAAAAAAUGUUUUUAAAUCAACUGCUCCAAUAUUUUUUGUUCGCACAGAGAGGAGAUUCGGAUUUAAUAAAAAGUUUUAAGAAGAAAAAAAAA